GAAAACCUGGAGGGGUUUUCCCCAACUUGGCUGCUACUCGUGACAAGAAAGGAGCUGUUCUCUGCAUGCAGCAGGUGGGCUUGAUCAAGACCUUUGAAAGCCACCACAAAGUUCUGUGUCCAGAGAUGUUUUCCAAAGCAGGAUGUGGAGCAGAGCCCAGCCCAUCCAGCAGCACCAGCGUGGUGCCAUUGCCCACCCAUGUCCUUGGGGAGCUGUGUCCUGUCCCCCCAGCUAAGAUGGCAUUAGCCCAGCCCCCGAUGCACUCACCCAAGCAGAUUAGCUGUAAGACCUUAAGACAAAACAGCAGCUACACACCCCACACUUCACACUGCUGAGGAUGCCUGCCCUGAAGACCCUGCUGGCCCUGGCCCUCGUCACGUCCCUGGCUGGACAAAGCAAAGCUCUGAAAUGCCACAAAUGUGUUGCGUCCAACGAGAACGAUUGCAACCAGCAGGGAUCGCACAGCUGCCCCCAGUACGCCGAUGCCUGCUCCACCAUCACUGCACCCAACAGCGUCAUUAAAUCCUGCUCCUACAAGUCCUUCUGUGACCAGGCGCGCCGCGGCGGCUCCGGCGGGGCCACCGUGCGCUGCUGCUUCAGCGACGACUGCAACGGGCCCGCGAGGGGCUCCCGGAGCGCCGCGGGGGCCACCCCGCCGCCCCCGGCCGGCCUGCUGGCCACGGCGCUGGCCGGGACGCUGCUGCUGGGCUGGCUCUGAGCCGCCGGCCCGGCUGCUCGCUGCUCUAGCCUAGGGACGCGGAUGCUCCGUGCGAGGGGUCCCACCGCCGCCAGUCCAAUAAACGCUGCCGCUCAGACCCGCGUCCGCAGCCUCUCCUUGACAGGGAAACCGAAACAGCGAGAGAACGCACAGAAUCGAAGCGGUUCGGCUUCUGGUGCCACCCCCGAGGGCUUUGCUAGGCAGAGCUCGGGAUCCCAGAGCAGAUUCUCUCCCCGCUGGUCCGACAGAGACGCUUUGGGGCUGCUUUCUGCACCCUGAGGCUCGGCUGUGGAGAGAGGUUUUGGUGGUUGCUAAGACAUGGGGGAGAUGGGGGCUGCUCUGAGGUCCCACAGCUCAAAGCUCUGCUAGAAAGACCCCCAGGAGUGGUCGGUGAGGCUUGCUUUCGUGAGGGAGAAUGGUAAAAGUGAGUGAACAGAGUGAGGAGAACAGAAAGGGGAAUGAUGAAGGGAGUGAAGGAUGGCUGGGACCAUGAGAAUUUGACUGCAAGAGCACUAGUGCAGGGCAAGCAGCAAACAGCAGCUGUCUGCUGGAGUCUGCUCCAGUCAGCACACGAGGAAAAAGGGGAACAGGUACUGAAACUGAAAAGAGCAAGUUUGAAUGGAAGGAAAGAAGUAAUUCAGCACGUGCGGAUCCAGCCGUGGAACUCACAGCUGGAGGAUGCUGCUGGAGCAGAGACCUCGGGUGAUGCCAGAAGGAGCCCGGCAUGCCGUACCUGGACCGGCAGAACCGUAUCUGCGGCUUCCUGGACAUCGAAGAAAAUGAGACCUGUGGCAAGUUCCUGCGGAGGUAUUUCAUCCUGGACACCCAGGCCAACCACCUCCUGUGGUACAUGGACAACCCUCAGAACCUGGCCAUCGGAGCAGGUGCUGUCGGAUCUCUGCAGCUGACCUAUAUCUCCAAGGUUAGCAUUGCCACCCCAAAACAGAAGCCUAAAACUCCGUUCUGCUUUGUCAUCAAUGCGCUCUCCCAGCGCUAUUUCUUGCAAGCCAGUGACCAAAAGGACCUGCAGGACUGGGUGGAGGCACUGAACAGGGCCAGUAAGAUCACGCCCAGCUGUGGGGGACAGCGGCUGUGCUCCAGGAAGGUGCCAAAGGGAGGCAGCGUCCCGCCGGCCACAGAGAUCACGAAGCCUCCGGUGGUGCCCCAGGCCCAGGAGAGGAAGCCCCAGGUGGCCUACAAAACCGAGAUUGUUGGGGGGGUAGUUGUCCACACGCCCAUCUCCAUCAACCAGGACGGGGAGGGCAGCGAGGUGGGCGCUCACCCUCUGCUGCGGCGCUCGCAGAGCUACAUCCCCCCCUCGGCCAGCAAGCCUCCCGCCGGGCCAGCCCCGCUCAAGAGCGGCUUCUGCGUCAAGCAGGGCAACGUGAGGAAGAGCUGGAAGCGGCGCUACUUUGUUCUGGAUGAGUUUUCCAUCAGUUACUACAAGUGUGAGCAGGACAAGGAGCCUUUGCGUUCGAUUCUCUUGAAAGAUGUUUGCAAGACCCACGAGUGCCUGGUCAAGUCUGGUGACCUCCUGAUGCGAGACAACCUUUUUGAAAUCAUAACGAGCUCCAGGACCUUUUACAUCCAGGCAGACAGCCCCGAGGAGAUGCACAGCUGGAUCCGGGCAAUCACAGGGGCAGUGCAGGCCUUGAAAACCCGCCCCAGGGAGAUGUCCUUUAUGAGAUCCACCUCCGUGGCCAGGCCCGGGGGCUCCUCGGGCCCCUCGCAGCCGCGGCCGUCGGCGGAGGAGCGGCGAGCCUCGUGCAAGGCGCCCUCCACGAGCUCCUGGCAGCCCUGGACGCCGGUGCCGCAGGCCGAGGGGCAGCGGCCGGCGCUGGGGGGGCUGCCGGCCCCGCUCAGGGACUCGGUGUUCGUGCCGGCGCUGACGGAGCGCUCGGGCGCGCGCCUGCGGCACCGCUCUGAGCCGCAGCACCUCAAGGAGAAGCCGUUCGCCUUCGACCUGGACGAUGAAAGUAUCCGGACCUCCGACGUCUGAGCGGGCACCGAGCCACCCCCGGCUCCACGCGCCGCCUCCCCGGGAGGUUUGGGGCACGCCAGGCGGUCCCUUCCCUCCAGCACAGCCCUUCCCCGCGGCGCAGGAUCCGUCUGCACCCGCUCUGCAGGGCGCGGGGUCCCUGGCUGCUCCUGCCCAGGCCUGGCCCCAGUGGUUCCAUGUCUUGGAAGGUACUGCCGGCGCUCACUGUGCAGGGCAGGAGAUGCUGGGGACCUGGACGAGGGGACAUCUUCUGCAAUUGCAUCGUUUCCCCCGCAAACCAGGUCUGGAGGAAGUGGCAGGAGGUCUUGAAGGCAUGACGGGGAGUGUGGCCUUUCUUGUGUUUGUAAAAUGUUUCUCUCCCCUUUUCUGCUGCUCAGAUUCCCCAGGGCAGAGCUGGGAGCCAGCAGCUUGCAGCUGCCCGCACAGGGGACUCACUGCAGCUUCCCCUUAGAGUGACUUAUUCCCUCAGAGACCGGAUCUUCCCACUGCCCACACAAGGGUUUAUCAGCAAUCUGCUGGCUUUUAAUUAUGUCUUUUUAUACCUGUGGCUCCUGUUGAACCCCAGCCUGGGCAGGUGCUCAGUCCUUCCAAAGGCUUUUGGUACUUCCUGAGCAUGAGCCACAGCAGGCAGCCAGGGUGACAGUGGCUCCCAGGUGGGAGCACCCUCAGGUGUGAUGGCGGUUUUGCACUAUGCACACCUGGGCACACAUAGCUGUGCCAGAUGGUGAAGGGCUUUUACUAAAAAACAAUGAAAACCAGCCCUGAUGGAGCUGGGCAGACCUGCCCAGCCAACUCACCCACCGCCUGCCCGAGAUGGAAAGCAGGAGUUUCUAGAGCAAUGUGAAUUGUCAUCUCCAUAAUCAAAUGAGCUCCUGUAGGUGUGAUAAAUAGCGUGUAGAAAAUCCAGGUGUUCCCUCGGCAGAGAUUGUCUGAUACCUUCACCCUGCAAGCGUGUGCAAUCCCCGUGUGCCGAGCGAGAGCUCAGCUCCCCUUUCACUUCCCUGGCUGUGGCACGUCCUCUGCUCUGCAAGCUCAGCCCAGUGUGUUCCCCAGGAGCAGAACAUCUGGUUUGUCCCAGCCCUUUUGGCGCCUCCAGCUGUUUGACAGCUGUGCCUGAGCCUUGAUUAGCCUGACCGACCUUAAUGUGAUGCCAGUUGUACCUUUCUGCCUCAGUCCCCAUGGGGCUGCUGCGGGAUGGGCACAGUUCAGGUACAUCUGUGCUGCUGGGGGAGGCAGGAAUGGGGUCCUCCAAGUUCAGGGGGAAGAGUCUCAAAGGGGAUUGUGUGCUGAAGAACACAGACACCAUGAAAAUGAGUGGGAAUCGAUGCAAACGGUACAGGGCGAGUGUUAAUAUUAUUUAAUUGUAGCUACCCAGAUCCUGCUGUUCCUUUUUCUGCUCCUUUUUGCUUUAUUUGCACUAGAGUUUGAAACUUUCAUUUUUUUAGGCUGACUUGCUGUUUGGCUCCUAACACUGUUUCAAGAAUGUUUUAGUAGUUUGGCAAGCCCUUCCAUCAGACAGUUGCAGCGUUCUGAUCUCAGUUUUGGAGAGCAGGGAAUGCAGAGGGCUGAUGCUUCUUUUGUGCAAGGCCUUGGAACCACAGACUCCUGAGUAUUCCUGGUGCUUGAUAAUUGCACAGUUUCCUCAGGCCUGGGAAGGUAAAGCAGAGGCUUGUUGCACAAUUAAGGUAAUUAUCCAGGAGCAGAAACUACCAGUGGCUCCAGCACUAUUGCAACAUUCCUCGGGCUCGUUCCCACCCUCCCGCAUCCCCAGGACAGCAGAGAGGCUGAAGGUGAGGUUCAAACAAGUGUGGAGCUCAGCUGGGCUCCAGAGCCGUCCGCAAGGCAGGUGGUGUUGGGAGGGAGGGAUUUCCCUCUCGUUCCAGAGGGCUGGGUGGAUGCAGCCAGACCUCGAUGGAGCUUUGUGGUUAUUUUAAAGCACUCUGGUUUCCCCUCAGCUCUGCGUUCACUCCUGGCUCAGGUGUGGAUGGACGCAUCCCCCCGGAGCUGCUCCCUCCUGGACCGUGUGCCGUGGGUGCUGCAGAUUCGGGGUGCUUUGUGGGGGCAGAGCGGUGGGAGAGAGGGGUUUGCUAUUCCCACGUGGUUCCAGAUGCUUCUGGAAGUGCUGGCUGGGGAUUCCAAGUGCUCUUAGGGCUGGGGGCCUGGUGCAGGCAGUGCUCUGUGACCCCUGGGGUAGGGGGCUCCCUGCCUCCCACCCCUCGCCUGUACAUGCUGCGAUGCCCUUUCUCCCCCGUGUUUUUAAAUAAAGAAGGAAAUCCCA